GACGCGGAAUCGUCAUCAGCUGGUGUCUGUGAGGAGAGUUGCUCGCCUGUUUAUUACGGCACAUUAUUUAUAAAAUAAAACAGAAUUAAUAGGAUUAUAUAAGGUACUCGUGAAACAUCUGUCAGUUUUUCACGCUCGAGUUGAUCUUUGAGAGGUGUUUUAACAGGCAGUAUGACAUCACCAUGUAGUCAGGGGGGCGGAGCUGUGUCAACGAGAGGCGGAGCUGCAGCGAAGAGAAUGAAAUGGGCUUUAGAACUGAGUCUGGGCAACAGCAGGAACCGUGGGGACAGGCAGUGUAAAGAGGGCGAUGUGAUGUAUCCUGUGGGAUAUUCUGAUAAACCCGUACCGGACACCAGCGUACAAGAAGCCGACCGCAACCUGGUGGAGAAGAGAUGCUGGGACGUGGCUUUGGGACCGCUGAAGCAGAUUCCCAUGAACCUCUUCAUCAUGUACAUGUCAGGAAACACCAUCUCCAUCUUCCCCAUCAUGAUGGUGUGCAUGAUGGCGUGGAGACCCAUCCAGGCGCUCAUGUCCAUGUCAGCCACGUUUAAGUUGUUGGAGAGCUCGAGUCAGCAGUGGUUACAGGGUUUGGUUUAUCUCAUCGGGAAUCUGCUGGGUUCAGCACUGGCCAUCUACAAGUGUCAAUCAAUGGGGCUCCUCCCAACACACUCGUCUGAUUGGCUGGCGUUCAUAGAACCGCCCCAGAGAAUGGAGAUUAUGGGCGGAGGGAUGAUCAUGUGAAGAACAAAAUGUUUCUCUCAAACACACACACACACACACAUGCAGAUUAACAUAUUUAACACCAGGCAUUGAUCAAUUAUAGUUUGUGAUUUUUUCUGUUCUGAUCUAUUAAAACAAGUUAAUAACG